AUGAAUCAUGGGCAAUUCCAACAAAGUGCGGUGAUUUUCGAUCUUGAAAUCGUACCAAGUCAAACUUCACCCCACCAAGGGUCAAGGAGGGGACGUCGCUAUGGUUAUCCCUCUCUGUGGGGACGAAUGUCCUUAUCACUUUUGAUAGCACAGCACAUUUUUGUAAGUGCAAAAAUGGCUCCAAAUAAUAUUGAAGAGGAAGAGAUGAAAUAUUGUUUACUGCAUCCUCUCUACCACUAUCAGACCAUUAGACAAUAUCGACAUUCUUCUACGUAUAAGGGGUGCAAGGCUACAAAGUAG